AUGACGGGCUACGCCCAAGAGGAACAGCUGAAGGAAGAGGAGGAAAUAAAAGAAGAGGAGGAGGAGGAGGAAGACAGCGGUUCAGUAGCUCAGCUUCAGGGCAGCAAUGACCCAGGGACGGACGAGGAGCUAGAAACGGGCCCAGAGCAGAAAGGCUGCUUCAGCUACCAGAACUCUCCAGGAAGUCAUUUGUCCAAUCAGGAUGCGGAGAAUGAGUCUCUGCUGAGCGAUGCUAGUGAUCAGGUGUCAGACGUCAAGAGCGUCUGCGGUCGACAUGCCUCAGACAAGAAAGCAAGCGUGCACCCCAAACUUCCCAACGAAGCCCACAAUUGCAUGGAUAAAAUGACUGCUGUCUAUGCCAACAUCUUGUCUGAUUCCUACUGGUCGGGCCUUGGUCUCGGUUUCAAGCUGUCCAACAGCGAGAGGCGGAAUUGUGACACCCGAAAUGGCAGCAACAGGACUGAUUUUGACUGGCACCAAGACGCUCUGUCUAAAAGCCUGCAGCAGAACUUGCCUUCCAGAUCCGUGUCGAAGCCCAGCCUGUUCAGCUCGGUCCAGUUGUACCGGCAGAGUAGUAAGAUGUGCGGGACUGUGUUCACGGGGGCCAGCAGAUUCCGGUGCCGGCAGUGCAGUGCUGCCUAUGACACCUUGGUCGAGUUGACUGUGCACAUGAACGAAACGGGCCACUAUCAAGAUGACAACCGCAAAAAGGACAAGCUUAGACCCACGAGCUAUUCAAAGCCCCGGAAAAGGGCUUUCCAGGAUAUGGACAAGGAGGAUGCUCAAAAGGUUCUGAAAUGUAUGUUUUGUGGCGACUCCUUCGAUUCCCUCCAAGAUUUGAGCGUCCACAUGAUAAAAACAAAACAUUACCAAAAAGUGCCUUUGAAGGAGCCAGUACCAACCAUUUCAUCGAAAAUGGUCACUCCAGCAAAGAAACGCGUCUUUGAUGUCAAUCGGCCGUGUUCCCCCGAUUCAACCACGGGCUCAUUUGCAGAUUCGUUUUCUUCUCAGAAGAAUGCCAACUUGCAUUUGUCCUCCAACAACCGCUAUGGCUACCAAAACGGCGCCAGCUACACUUGGCAGUUUGAGGCCUGCAAGUCCCAGAUCUUAAAGUGUAUGGAGUGUGGGAGCUCGCACGACACCUUGCAGCAGCUCACCACCCACAUGAUGGUCACGGGUCACUUUCUCAAGGUCACCAGCUCUGCCUCCAAGAAAGGGAAGCAGCUGGUGUUAGACCCACUGGCUGUGGAGAAAAUGCAGUCAUUAUCAGACACCCCAAACAGUGAUUCUUUGACUCCCAAGCCAUCAAGCAAUUCAGCUUCUGACUGUACAGCCUCUACAACUGAAUUAAAGAAAGAGAGCAAAAAAGAAAAACCAGACGAAAUCAACAAGGAUGAGAAAAUCCUGAAAAGUGAGGAAUACGAAGACCCUCUACAAAAACCUUUAGACCCUACAAUAAAAUAUCAAUAUCUAAGGGAGGAGGACUUGGAAGAUGGCGCAAAGGGUGGAGGGGACAUUUUGAAGUCGUUGGAAAAUACUGUAACCACAGCCAUCAACAAAGCCCAAAAUGGGGCUCCCAGCUGGAGCGCCUACCCCAGCAUCCACGCAGCCUACCAGCUGUCGGAGGGCCCCAAGCCGUCUUUGCCCAUGGGGUCCCAGGUCCUGCAGAUUCGGCCUAAUCUCUCCAACAAGUUAAGGCCAAUUGCACCGAAGUGGAAAGUCAUGCCACUGGUUUCUGUGCCCACAAACCUGGCCCCAUACACUCAAGUUAAGAAGGAGCCAGAAGACAAGGAUGAAGUCGUGAAGGAGUGUGGGAAAGAAAGUCCCCAGGAAGAGGCAUCGUGUUUCAGCUACAAUGAGGGGGAUUCUCUCUCCAAAAGCGAAACCCCUGUAGAAUCCAAAAAGGCUGAGCCCUGUCCCCCGAAGGAGGAGGACAAGCUGAUGAAAGAGGGCGGGGAGAAAGAGAAACCCCAGCCCUUGGAGACAGCGUCUUCUCUUAGCAAUGGAUGCGCCCUUGCCAACCACGUUUCGGCCCUGCCGUGCGUCAACCCGCUCAGCGCCCUGCAGUCCGUCUUGAACAAUCACCUGGGCAAAGCCACCGAAGCCCUGCGCGCUCCUUCCUGCUCCAGCCCAAGCUCAAGCACAAUUUCUAUGUUUCACAAGUCGAAUCUCAGUGUCAUGGACAAGCCGGUUUUGAGUCCUGCCUCCGCAAGGCCAGCCAGCGUGUCUAGGCGCUACCUGUUUGACAACAGCGAUCAGCCCAUCGACCUGACCAAGUCCAAAAGCAAGAAAGCCGAGUCCGCGCAAGCACAAUCCUGUACGUCCCCGCCUCAGAAGCACGCUCUGUCUGACAUCGCCGAUAUGGUCAAAGUCCUCCCCAAAGCCACCACCCCAAAGCCCGCCGCCUCCUCGAGGGUCCCUCCCCUGAAGCUGGAGAUGGAUGUCAGGCGCUUUGAGGAUGUCUCCAGCGAAGUCUCGACUUUGCAUAAAAGAAAAGGCCGGCAGUCCAACUGGAACCCUCAGCAUCUUCUGAUCUUGCAAGCGCAGUUUGCCUCGAGCCUCUUCCAGACAUCGGAGGGCAAAUACCUGCUGUCGGAUCUGGGCCCACAAGAGCGAAUGCAAAUCUCCAAGUUUACGGGACUCUCGAUGACCACUAUCAGCCACUGGCUGGCGAACGUCAAGUACCAACUUAGGAAAACGGGCGGGACAAAAUUUCUGAAAAACAUGGACAAGGGACACCCUAUCUUUUAUUGCAGUGACUGUGCCUCCCAGUUCAGAACCCCUUCUACCUACAUCAGCCACUUAGAAUCUCACCUAGGUUUCCAAAUGAAGGACAUGACCCGCAUGGCCGUGGAACAGCAAAGCAAGGUGGAGCAGGAGAUCUCCCGGGUGUCGUCGGCUCAGAGGUCUCCGGAAACAAUAGCUGGCGAAGAGGACACAGACUCUAAGUUCAAGUGUAAGUUGUGCUGUCGGACAUUUGUGAGCAAACACGCAGUAAAACUCCACCUAAGCAAAACGCACAGCAAGUCACCCGAACACCAUUCACAGUUUGUAACAGACGUGGAUGAAGAAUAGCCUGCAGGACAAAUGCCUUAGUUUCAACUUUCCAGCCUGGAUCCCCUCACACCGAGUCCUUCUUCGUUGCACCACCCCGCUUCUGACAUUGACGUCCUCCCGACACCCUGCUCUGAGAAGACUGCCAAAAAAA